GUGUCAAAUGAGGCGAAUUGUAAACAAGCUCUGGAUCCCCUGUCUCCUGUCCAGUUACUUGGCCCAAAACAAACUAUAGGUCCAACAGUUCCACUGAAGGACACUUUCACUGAUAACAAAGAAACAAGUGGUCUGUGUAAAGUUUCUUUAGACUUUUUAUGCGUUUUUGUGGCAAAUUUUAAAAAUGACUUGAGACUCUUGUUCAUUUGUAGUAAAAUCCAUAACCAGUCUGCUCAUUUUAUUGUUUCACAUAGACCCGAUUCUGACUGAUGUAUUAAUAGCACAACCUGAUACAUGCAGUCAGGUUUCAACAGAGGCUCUUGGUGCAUCUUUUUCUGAAGCUACAACUAAAUAUCCAAGCAACACUUGUGAUAUGAACACGAUGCUGUUUUGUAAGACCACAAUUGAAGACGUCCAGAGAUCAGUCAGCUUCAGUGAGGAGAAUGUAAACUCCAUGGGAAAGUUUCAGCAUUCAAUCUCGGAUUCAGUUAAGGAAGACAACGCAGAAAACCUUUCAAAAGCUGAAGAGGAUUUUAGUGGAAAUGCAAAAUCUGAUAUCCUGGAUUCAGCUGGAGUAGAGACAGGGGAGGAGCCCACCUUUAUUUUAACUCUGUAUGAGAUUCCCACCUCUCAGCUGUCUCAAGAAGCUUCCUGUAGUCAUCAGGAGAUUCUCCCUUAUGAACUACAGCCAGCAGAAGUUCACACGCCUCAUCUGUUGUCAAGUUAUUUGCAGUCUCUUCCCUCCACAUUAGAAGAUUCAAGUCAAUUGCACAUGAAUUCACAAGAGACUGAGAAGCCAUGUAAAAGUGUGCCUUGGAAGGUGGAGGAUGAUUCGUCUGUUUUGGAGGAUGCAGUGAAAUAUGCCACUAAACAACAGAUAACCUCAGAGAAGUGCAGCUUUGAUGAGGAAGGAAGCCAUGAAGUGCUCUCAUAUAAUGAUUCUGUGCCAACAGAUGUUACCGGUGUGUUGAAGUUAGGAGAGAAGCUGUUAGAACCUACAGAAAGAAAGGGUGCUUCUCAAAGAAGAAGCAAGAUAAAAGUGAAGCCAAACCUAAGGCCAUGUGCGAAAGCUGGGCCCUCAAAAACAGAGUGUGCAUCCAGCCAGAAACAUACAGCCAACAUUAAUUUACCAACAUCUUGUGAUAUAGCACAACACACUGAGAAAGAGUCCAACCAGAAAACUUCUGUACAAGAGACGGUUGGUUCAUUUGUUCCUAACGUCCUUUCAAACACUGAAGAAAGCGGGAGACAACCCCAUCAUGAUGGUCUAUUGACUGCCAGCGUGCCAGUCUCCGAAGAUAUACAAGAUGAGGUUCCAAUGUCAUGGGGAAGUCCUGUCAAAACUGAUCUCCAGAUGGACAAAGAUACUGCUGUUGACCUCUCAGUGAGAAAUUUUGAAGAUGUUCCUGAUCUACACAGCACUGCCAUUGAGCACUCAAAGGAAGAACUAGAAGACUGUUGUGAGGGUGUUUCACAUGUGGUGUUUGUUGAUGCCCUAGUUGUUGCCUCUGGAGAAAUGGAAGAUAAGAAUGGACUUGUGGGGGACUCUGAAAGUGAAAGACGUUUCCCAACAGUCAAUGACCAAGAAACAUUUUCAGACAUUUCUGAAGAGCUGGAUACUUUUGAAGAAGCAUUAAAUUUAACAUCAACAUCUCAAGACGGGACAGAACAAUCUGAAAGCAUGUUGCAAGUGAGGCCUGAAACAACUUGUAGCAAAGAUGAAACUUCAAGACAGGAGUAUCUAGACGUUAGGUCUCAUCAACCAGCCAUAACACAGAUUACCGCAGAACCUCAGAUCAAGAAAGAGUCUGAUAAAGGGAAAGAAAAAGCUGAACAAGAAGAUUUCUCUGAUCAUUCAAAGGAAGAUUUAGGCACACCACUAAACUUGACUGAAGAAGUCCUGAAGCAAGAGCAACAGCUUGCACAACUCGCCUCAACAUGUGCUGAAACGCAAUCUGUGGAGAAGACUGAGGAUGUGUCGCACGUGGUGCUCUCUGAUAUGUUUGUGGCAGUUUCUCAAGAAAAUAAAGAUGAUGUUCAUAUGGACAGUGAAAUGUCUCCCCUACAUAUUCGUCAGUUGUGUGAAGAUCCCUGUGCUUUAGAGAAAGAACAGAAUCUCACUACGGACGCAGAUCAGGAGGUAGGGGAGCAUGAGGCUGUUUCACACAUGGUGUUGGAUGAUAUAUUCAUGCUGGUCUCUGAGGAAGUGCAAGAUGGUUUAGGCAAAGAACAGAUGACUAUAAGGCAUCAAGCAGAAAGUUCCCAGAUGAAAGAGAGUUCAUUAUGUGCCGUAUCAAAAUCGACAAACAUGGAGCCAUCUUUAUCACCCAAAAGGAGAAUGCCUUCAAAUAAAGGUGUGUUAAAUGUAAAGAUGAUUUUCCCUAAAAGGAGAAUUAGAGAGUCCACACCAAGUGUAGAGAAUUCACCAACAUCUUCAGCAGAGCCUCAUUCAUGUGCUCUGAAGAGUAAGAAAGAGUCAAAUUCAGAAGAGAUUGAGGGCUCAUCUCCUUUUGAAAGUGAAAGGCAACAAACACAAUGUGGUGUCAAGAUUAAAUCAUGUGCUAAAUCACCGUCCACUGACUCAACUGACAUGGAGGAGGCAUGCGAGGGUGUUUCUCAUAUAGUGUUUUCUGAUAUAUUUGUUCCUGUAUCGGACAAGACUACAGAGAGCAGUCUUCACAAGGAGGCAUUAAUUGUUGAGGAGUUAGGUGAUGAAAAACCUACAAAUACAGAAAGAAAAGAUUUAACUGAAAGUCAAUCUUCAGAGCAUUAUAUGGCUUCCUGUAGAAGAGCUGAAUCCCACGAGCAUCAAGCUGAGGAGCAAUGGUCUCUCAGAAGUAAUAUACUUCCCAUUGACUCGAAUGAAAUCGAGAACUGGUGUGAAGGAGUGUCCCACAUGUUGCUGUCAGAUGCGUUUGUGCCCGUCUCUGAGGAAGAGAACAACACAGACCAGAAAGAUGUGGAAAAUGCUAAAAGUCUACCAGAGUAUGGCAGAACAUCUGACAAUGCAAACAAAGAACUUCAAGUAGACAGCAUCUCUGGCACGCAAAAAACUGUUAUGAAAACGAAAGAAAAACCGCCACGAUCACAAUCGAUAACUUCACCUGAAAGGCGAAGUACUUUACAAAUGACACUACGGUCACCCGGAAGAUCUCCAAAAAAUAAACCUUGUUCGCUCAAUUCGACCCAAGCUGUCCCAACAUCACCUCAGCGAGCCAAGACGUCAAUUAAAGAGUGCAUUCAAACUCCAACAAGGCUACAAGCAGAGGAAAUCAUUCGGGAAUGUAAGAUCCCUCUUGAGAGGCUAUCUUUAGAGGAAAUUUGCCAGCACAACUUGCAACCAAAACAUCACAGCACACCUGUCAAUGUGAAACUUCUUUCUAAAGGAAAUGAUAGCAGAAAAAUUGGUUUAGAAUCACAUGCUGCUCAGGAGGAAACCAUGCCAUCAGAUGGCUGGCCAAAGGUUCUCCUCAAUCGUAUAAAUAUAAUGGAUACUGAUGCAGACACUUCCACAUCUUCCUCAUCCCCACCAAGAGCGUCUUCGAUGGCCUACAGACCACCGGAUGAUUAUCAGUCACCUCAGGGCAGACCUCACAACUCUGGUUUGAAUGCUGGUGACGAACCUGCUUCAGUUUCCCAAUUCUUCCUUGAUAACAUCUUUACAGAAGUUGAGGAUCCGAAUUGAUUCUGAUUUGCUGACCUGAUGGUGAAGUCCCUACUGCUGCUAUCCAAGUUGCAUUAAAGUGAACACCACUGCUUUGGUGAAUUGUUAUUUAUUUUAAAUAGUUGUUACAUUUUGUUGACAAAAGGAAAAACUACAGUCAAAAAUCUGUGUCAUAAGGCCCUUCAGUGUAUUUAUUUUGUGAUGUACAACCCUUCCACAAGUUCACCAAUCGCUGCCUUAUUUAUUUGUAUUUAUUUAAUGAUAAACAUUGCUUAUGAUUAACAAACACUUUAUUUUUUUUGCUGACAGCAGUUUGAGUUUGAUAUCUUGUUUUGUCAAAUACAUACAUCUUGUUCAAAUAUAUCUGUUUUUAAGGUU